AUGGGUCUUGAGGAUUUCGAAAAGGAGCUGGCAGCCAACAAGACCAAAGAGUCUGAUGGCAACCGACACAGCAGUAGAGACGACGAGCGACGACGUCACAAACACCACCACCACUCGUCGCGCCAUGACGACUCGGACUCCAGGCACAAGCGCCGCCAUCACCGCGAGAGAGACGAUGAAGAGAACACCCGUGAGCGCCACUCCAAGCGAAGGCGCAGUCGCUCGCCCCGACCAACUCGGUCUCGGGAACCUGUUGUCCAAGACGACAAUGACUGGGUAGAGAAGGAGGCCAUGACUGCACCACCAACAGACGACAUCCUCGACGAGCAACUGGAAGCUGCAGCAAACAAAAACCUCAAGCGCGACACAUGGAUGGAAGCUCCUUCAUCACUCAACGUUGACUACGUCCAGCGACAGCGCCCCAAGUCCCCACCCUCCCAAUUUGUCUCAGCAAAAGAUCAACUGGAUCGUAAAAUACAUCGCCAGGACCUAGAACAACUUGCAAGAGACUUGGAGGAAGAUGAUGAUGAGGUACAUGAACAACCACUCGCUGAUGAUGAACCCAUUCAUCACGACGUAACCUACACUUUCGGCGACCAAGGCUCUCAAUGGCGUAUGACCAAGCUGAAUGCUGUCUAUCGUCAAGUCAAAGAGUCGGGCCGAUCCGAAGAUGAAGUCGCUUUGGAACGGUUUGGCUCCUUGAGAGACUUUGAUGAUGCCCGUGAAGAAGAACGUGAGUUGGACCGCCGCCAAAUGUACGGAAACGACUAUCCUGCUGCCAAUCUUCCCGUGCCGCAACAUGCCAACCCCAAUCAGGGCCAAGUCAUGGACGAGGCUCCUCCACCAGCAACCACUGUAGCUCUGGAUCAGACUGCUUUGAACAAACUCAAGGCUCAGUUGAUGAAGGCAAAGUUGCGCAACGCUCCCAACGCUGCUGCUCUGGAAGCCGAGUACGAAGCUGCCGCUACCACUUCGGCCGCCAAAAACAAGCAAUCAGACGUAGUUGUAUUGAGCGCAGUCGAGAAUCGCAUGCUUGCUGGCGGUCGUGGUUCCGAGGUAAAGCAUAUUGAGAACAAGCGUGGUCGUGAACGAGGCCAUGUCGAGGAGAACGAAGGCAUGAGCAUCGAAGACAUGGUCCGUCAGGAAAGGCGCACUCGUGGUAUGGCUGGCGGCGAGGGCAAAGCCUUUGCAGAGCGCAUUGCGAAAGAUGCAAAGUUUACCGAUGACCUUGAUUACAUGGAUGAGAACGCCAGCAAGCUUGCCAAACAAGUCGGCAAGUCUGAAAUCAACCUUCGCAAUACAGCUAUCGGAGACUUUCAGAAGAUGCAGAAAAUUCUCGACUCGUGUCCCUUGUGUCAUCACGAAGAUACGAAUACACCUCCAGCUGCGCCUACACUGUCCCUGGCCACCAGAGUCUACAUGACUUUGCAAACAGAACCCGAGCUUGCGACAGGCGGCGCUGUCAUUGUGCCCAUCCAGCAUCGACUCAAUCUGUUGGAAUGCGACGAUGACGAGUGGGAGGAAAUACGCAACUUUAUGAAGAGCCUGACCCGCAUGUACUACGAACGCGAAAAAGGUGUCAUCUUUUACGAGAAUGCAGCCCACAUGCAUAGUCGACGUGGCCACGCAGCACUCUUUGCCGUACCUGUGCCUCUCCAUCUCGCUGAUAACGCGCCUGCCUUCUUCAAGGAGGCGAUCCUGAGUGCCGACGAAGAGUGGAGUCAACACAAGAAACUCAUCGACACCCUUGCAAACUCGCAACGCGCAGGAUAUGGCAAGCAAGCAUUCAGAAAGAGUUUAGUCAAGGAGAUGCCCUACUUCCACGUCUGGUUCAACUUGGAUGGAGGAUUGGGCCACGUAAUUGAAGAUGAGCGCAGAUGGCCCAAGGGUGAUCUUUUUGCAAGAGAGGUCAUUGGCGGUAUGCUACGAAAGGGACCGGAGAUUAUCAAGAAGCAGGGUAGAUGGAUCAGACAAGAUUCCAGAGUCGAAAGCUUCAGGAAACGCUGGGAGAAGUUUGAUUGGACAAGCGUGCUGAUGGGUUGA